GGUUUGUGGUAGGUCACACUAUAAAGGCCGCGUUGUGUUUAUACAUUAUUGUUAUUUGUAAUUUUUAAAAAGCAGUUUAAAACAAUGGCCGCAAAUGUCUCCAUACAUUAUGUGUCAGAAAAGAUUUCUAAAGUGCGAUGGGUGCCAGAGCAGUUGCAGGAAAGCGAACGUUUCAUCAGCGGCAGCUGGGACAUGAGCAAAAAUUUCGUACGCAUUUGGCGCCUGCAAUCCAAUCAGCAUCAAUUCGGCAAUACGGAUGCAAGUUUGGAUUUUACCCCGCGUUGCAAUGACAAAAUCGCCAUGCAGGACGAAGUGAAUGGCCUGGAAUUUGUAGACCACAAUACUCUGGCUGUGGGCUGUGCAGAUGGUCAUCUUAGUCUCUUUAAUUUGCAGCGUGCCGUAGAAGAGGACAAGCUACAGUUUCAGGCACGCAGCGAACGUCUACAUAGCCUAAAACGCAGUGACAGUUCCGCACCUUGUACUGCAAUUGCCGCCUAUGGCAGUGAUGUGGCUACAGUGGGGGAGGAUGGAGUUCUCAAUGUCCUCAGUGCCAACAAUUUGAAGCAAGUAAAACGUUCCAUCGAUGCCGAUAGCAUAUCUUUGUUUGCCGUUACCUAUGUCAACCAGCAUGAAUUGGUUACGGCCAAUCGAAUGGGCGUAUUACGAAUGUUCGAUACUCGCCUUUCCAGCGAAGCUCAGCCAAAAAUAGCCUUCAUGGCUGCCUGUGAAGAUGACAAAGCAUCGAAUUUUGUUUCCGCUAUAACGGUGCAUCCCAUGCAGCAACAUAUCCUUAUGUGUGGCAGUGAAGAGGGCACAGUUACUGUAUGGGAUUUACGGAAUUUAGCAUAUCCUGCUUCUUAUCUAACCGCCCACAAUAGUCCUAUCAAUGAUAUACGUUUUCAUAGCAAGGAUCCCUCCAAGCUUUUCACCGCAGCAGAGGGAGGAGAAGUUUGGCUCUGGUCGGAGAAUAAGGCUCUAAAUGAGAGCAAUCAAAAGGAUGGCAAUAGUGCCUGGCUAAGUGGAGAACGUGUACGUACAUUAAUUGAUUUGGGUGGCGUUCUAACCAAUACGCGCAAAGCUAUUAAUUCCUUUGAUGUUCAUGGAUCCCGCCUAGUUUGUGGCAGUGACACGGAGGCUGUUUAUAUAGUAGAUGAUAUUUUCUAGUGCAACAAAUUAAGAUUAAAUUUUCACUUAUUAUACAAAUCACAUA